AUGUCGGAAGAGGAUUUAUUAAAAGAUAAUGACUGUCAAAAAAGUUCGUUUCAUCAGCUGUCUGCACAACACCGACUAGCUUGUUCUUAUGAUGAUCCAAAAGCAUUUUUCUUCUUCAAAACAUUCGCAUUCCGUUUUGGGCUUGAAGACAACUUGUCAAUUUUCCUUAUCUGCGGUAAUCUGGCGAAUCUCGUGAAAGCUGACGAUAGAGAAUUAAUAAUGAAUCAACAUCAUCAGAUGAUUGUGAUGGGAGUUCAUAGAUUCGUGAAAUUGAUAGAAGUUUAA